CCUUACUUUCCUGGGUCCUGGCGGCUAUAGCUUUAUCGAUCGGUCAUGGCGUCUUCCAUCGCCCUUCUCUGUAGUAUAGUACUCCUCCUCAACCCCAUUUUCAGUCGAUCUCAGAACGAUUCCUUCUACUACGAAUCCUGCGCUCCAUACAGACAUAGGUGCGGGAACAUUACGUUCACCUUCCCUUUCUCCUCUCAAAAGCAGUUCGGCAACAGUCGGCUUGAUUGUGGCCUUCCUCCUUACAUUUUCACAUGCGACUCGUCAGAUGCCGCAGGUCUUUUGCUAUCCAAGAGAUCUUACCAAGUUAAGGCCAUUUUCCCUUCAGAUAAUCUAAUUACGGUUGCCGACCAGCAACUAGUCAACGAUCUCCGUUCCGGCAGCUGUGAAUCGUUUCAAAACUUCACAGUCGCUGAUGUUAAGCCGCUUGAGUUUCCAGGAUGGGGCCCCAUGCUCAACUUCUUUAAGUGCCAAAGUGGGAUCAAUGGCCUGCCAGAGGCGUUUCUUGAACAACAAGUUUUGAGUUAUAGUUGCGGAGAGAAUUCCAUGCUUUAUCUCUUUAACGAUACCACGACGUUUGACUAUAAUUUUACUCGUCAAAGCAAUCCCAUAGACAUCCCCAAACCUUGCACUUUAGUGAGGUUCCCUGUAUCAGGAGCCAACCUAUCAAGAAGUAAACUUCUCAACAAAUCAUCUAGUCACCCUGAGACGCUCUUCCAGGUAUUGUCUGAUGGGUUCCAGUUGCUAUGGCCCAAAUUUGGGGAGUGCGACGACUGCAAACAGGCAGGUGGACGCUGCGGAUACGACGCGAGCUUGAGGGAAGGUAACCAGAGCUCAAAAGGAAUAGUUUGUUUCUGUAGAGGAGGAUGCGAUAAGAAAACAGACCACAAGCACAAGCGGCACAACCCAAGAAGAUGGAUUCUCAUUUUAGGUGUGACUGUUGGAAGUGUUUUCCUUCUGCUAGUUCUGGCAAUGAUGAUAGUAAUCACUUUCAAGUACAAAAGGGAGGGCUUAGUUAACUUCAAGAUAUCCCAUUUUAGAGGGAAAAGAAGCUUUGGGCGUGGACAGAAUGUCGAGCAGUUUAUCAAGAAUUACCAAUCAACCCUAACUACAAAAUAUUCUUAUGCUGAUAUUAAGAAGAUCACCAAUGGAUUCAGAGAAAAAUUAGGUGAAGGAGGCUAUGGCAGUGUCUUCAAGGGAAAGCUAUCAAAUGGUCAAUUGGUUGCUGUCAAGAUGUUGGAGAAAUACAGAGACAAUGGCCAAGACUUUAUUAAUGAAGUAGCAACAAUUGGUACUAUUCACCAUGUAAAUGUCAUAAAUCUCCUGGGCUUUUGUUGGGAUUGGGAGGGCACGAGGAGGGCACUUGUCUAUGAGUUCAUGCCCAAUGGGUCUCUCGGGGACUUGAUAUGCAAGGAAGAGGUGAGUCGAUCCUUAGGAUGGGCAAAGCUGCUUCAAAUCGCUAUGGGCAUUGCACAUGGUAUUGAGUAUUUGCACAAUGGCUGUGAAUUCAGAAUCCUGCAUCUUGACAUAAAACCCCAUAACAUCUUGUUAGAUCAUAACUUUCAGCCAAAGAUUUCUGACUUUGGCUUAGCAAAAACAUACUCACGAAGUGACAGUGUUGUGCCUCUAACAAUGGCUAGAGGGACUGUGGGUUAUAUUGCCCCUGAGCUUUUCCUUAAAAAUCUUGGUGGAGCUUCUCGCAAGUCUGAUGUUUAUAGCUAUGGGAUGUUGCUGCUGGAGAUGGUUGGUGGAAGGAAGAAUGUUCACCCAGAUAUAAAAACCUCUAGCGAAGCAUAUUUUCCUGGCUGGAUUUAUAAUAAGCUUGUUCAAGAGGAAGACAUGAAUCUCAUCGAUAUGGUGGUAGAAGAGGAAGUAUACAUUGUAAGGAAGAUGGUUAUGGUUGGUUUAUGGUGCAUACAGAUCAAUCCCAGGGAUCGUCCCUCCAUGACUAGAGUUAUAGAGAUGCUUUCAGGCAGAAUGGAAGCCAUUGAACUGCCUCCUAAACCCUGCCUGUUUUCUCCUCCUCGUUUGCAGCCUGAACAGGAAAUUUCUUCCUUUCAUAGUGAUAUAAGCAUCUUACCACUCACACCUAACAGUUUAUGAUACAUACAAGACAUUUACAUUGUAGGCAAAUUGAUUUGUUUGAUGACAGUUUGUCAAUAAAGAGGGGAGAAGAAAAGUAAACAAUCAAACAAUUGGCAACAUACACACAUGGCGAUUGGUAUGGAUUACAAUUGACUAAUAUAGUUUGUUUACAAGUUCUGUA